AAUAACACCAUUAAUUUAUUGAGGAAAUGGUUGGAUGUAAUGCAGGCGGAGGGAUGAAAGUCGUGUUGACAAAGCCGUUAUCAUCGGAUGUGGAAUCCGAGGACAGAGCUCCUAAUGUACUCCAUCGGAUUUUAAGUCUCUUCAAUAACGUACGCUCAGGAUCGGAUCUCACAGUCUUCCGGCUGCCGCCUCUCUUCAACUUCCCAAAGUCGCACAUCCAAUGCUACGGUGAAGCAGUGUAUUGCGGUGGCAGCGAAUUGCUAAGCCGUUGCAGCCGUGCAGACAGCUCCCUUGACAGAUUUACAUCCGUCCUAGCCUGGAGCAUAUCCACCAUCCGCCCCGUCGCAUUUGGGGUUGCUCCUUACAACCCAAUUCUGGGAGAGACUCACCAUGUUUCAACUGGGUCUCUCAAUGUCCUACUUGAACAGGUUUCACAUCAUCCCCCAGUUUCUGCUCUCCACGCAACUGAUGAAAAAGAAAGCGUUGAAAUCAUAUGGUCCCAACAUGCCAUUCCUAAAUUUCAUGGUGCUUCAGUGGAAACAGAUGUGCGUGGGAAGAGGCAGCUAAAACUCCUCAGUAGGGGAGAAACUUAUGAAAUGAACUCACCAAAGCUUUUAAUUAGAUUUCUUCCUGUACCUGGGGUUCAUUGGGUUGGAAAUGUUAGAAUUAGAUGCCAAGAGAGUGGGCUUGAAGCUCAAUUAUGCCUUGGAGCCACUUCCUUUCUGGGUCUUAGAAGAAAUUCUAGAUCAAUUAAAGGAAACAUUUAUGAAACAUCAACAAUGAAGACUCUUGCUGAGGUUAAUGGCCAGUGGGACAGAAUUGUUAAAGUGAAAGACAUCAAUAAUGGAAAAGAAACAGUUAUCUACAAUGCAAAAGAAGUCCUUUCAGGAUUGAAGACUCCUAUUGUCAAGGAUUUGGAGGGAGUGUGGCCAAGUGAAUCAGCAGCAGUGUGGAGUGAGCUGAGCCAGGCCAUACUGAGCAAAGACUGGGAUAAAGCAAGGGAAGCAAAGAAAGAUGUGGAGGAGAAUCAGAGGGAGCUCUCGAGAGAACAAGAAUCAAGAGGGGAAGCUUGGGUUCCUAAGCAUUUCACUGCUACUUACACAAAAGAUGGUGAUUGGGAGUGCUCACCAAUUCAAAGCUUAGUACCCCCAGCUCCCAUUGUUGUUCCCCCUUGAUUAGACAAGUAGAAAACUUUUUAUAGUAGCCGCGCAGACACAACAAAUAAUGAACAAAUGUCUAUAAGUUGUUCAACAAACUCAUAACAUAUUUGGGAAGAAAUUGCCCAGUUAGCAUUCACCUAGACCUUAUUACUCUAAACUCAAUUCUUGUGAGUAAACAUCAUAUGCAAAA